GGGCCGCUAUAGAGAUCUUGAGUCCGCUAACUUCUUUUCAACUUUUCAAAUUUUUCAACUCUGCCUGAAGAUAUUUGAAUUUUUUACCUGGCAUCUCUGUUCAGAGCAAUUGCAAAAUUAGUAGGGAAAAAAGCGUGUUGAGUCGAUGAUCAAAAAUAAUACUUCUAAUAAAUGAUCAAGGGUGCAGUGAAGUUUUUAUCACACUGUCGAAAAGAUUUUUCGGAACCGAAAGUUAAAAUUGAUGUGAUUUAAGCAGAAAAUAAGGAAAAUGCUAUCUGUUUCUCUUGUAACUGUUGCCAAUCUCCGUAUUACACAGCCAAGAUUGGCUGCGAUUCGAACGAGGGUGAAUUUUUCAGGCUUAUCGGGAAUCUCACUUGGCGAUCGUCGCUGGUUUUCAAGAAAGCAGCACGACGCAGGAAAAACUCUUCCACCUGCCUGUCCACCGAAGAGAUCAACAUCAUCUCAGCAUAACUCACCUCCACAAUGUCCACCACCGAACUCGACGCCUAAAUCUAACGCUCCAUUAAUUAUCGGAGCCAUUGCUCUAACCGCGGGUGGUUUAGGUCUUGCUUACAAAUUAGGUUUAUUCGAAAAUGAGCCAGUGUUGGAGCAAACAUUGCCUGCUCCUACUCAAGCACAGAGAAAAACGAGGUUACCAUUUCCUGCUUCAUCGAAGGAUCUUCCCAAGGAGGUACCUUAUCUGUUAAUCGGCGGGGGAACCGCUAGCUUUGCUGCAUUCCGUGCAAUAAAAGGCCAUGACGCUAAAGCCAAGGUUUUAGUUAUUACCAAUGAAACGGAAAUGCCUUACAUGAGGCCUCCAUUAUCAAAGGAGCUUUGGUUUAAUCCUGAAGAGAAAGCUCAAAUGGAACCACUUAAGUUUCAACAGUGGAACGGUGUUGAGCGAAGCAUUUAUUAUGAGCCGGAAGAUUUUUAUAUCGAUCCAACUAAACUGCUCGAAUCACCAAAUGGUGGUGUGGCCAUUGCCAGAGGAUACGAGGUGCAAAAAAUCGAUGUCGUAAACAGGAAAGCCAUUUUAACCGAUGGAACCGAAAUAAGCUACGGAGAGUGUUUACUGGCAACAGGUGCAAAACCAAGAAAUUUACCAGUUUUCGAAACUGCCCCGAUGGCAGUUAAAGAAUAUAUCACCCUUUUCAAGAACGUAACCGAUUUUGAGGAACUUGGUACUAAGUUAAAAUCUGAUAGUAAAGUGGCAAUCAUUGGAGGUGGCUUUCUCGGAAGUGAACUAGCCUGCGCGCUAGCAAAAUUCAGCGAUAUACGCAAGAAGCGCCUAGAAAUUCAUCAACUGUUUCACGAAGUGGGAAAUAUGGGUAAAAUAUUGCCCGAAUAUUUAAGUCAAUGGACAACGGAUCGUGUCCGAGAGGAAGGAGUCAAAGUUUGGCCGAAAACACAAAUCAAGAGUGCUGAGGUUCACGAAAAGAAACUUCGACUGACGCUAACCGAUGAUAGUAUUCUAGUUGUGGAUCACGCGAUCGUUGCUGUUGGUUCCGAACCAAACACGGAUCUUGCAAAAACUUCGAAUCUGGAAGUGGAUCCCACGCAUGGAGGUUUUCUGGUAGAUGCAGAACUGAGAGCACGUUCGCAUCUAUACGUAGCAGGGGAUGCUGCUUGCUUCUACGAUCCCAAGUUGGGACGACGGCGUGUUGAACACCAUGACCAUGCUGUUGUAUCGGGUCGGUUAGCAGGAGAAAAUAUGGUUGGAAAAAAUAAACCAUACACACAUCAAAGCAUGUUCUGGUCGGACUUGGGUCCAAAGAUUGGCUAUGAGGCGAUAGGAUUGGUUGAUUCUGUACUACCAACAGUGGCAGUUUUUGCAAAGUCAAAGCCGGAAAUCAUUUCGGAUACAAGCGAAAAGCUGCAAGCAGCUAAUGCAACAGUCAUCCCAGCUUCAACAACAGCAUCAGCAAAUGGAACCGUAGCUUCCUCGGUUUUGAAUCACACAGGAGUCGUGAGGGCAAAAGAAAAAGCACCAGCAGAUUCGCAGGUCGAAAAAGAUGAUUUCACUAAGGGUGUCAUCUUUUAUUUAAAGGACGAAAAAGUCGUCGGUAUUGUAUUAUGGAACAUUUUUAACCGAAUAGGAACCGCUCGCAAAAUUAUCGCCCAACACACGCAUUAUGACGACUUGAACGAGGUCGCAAAGCUGUUUAAUUUACAUGAACGACCGGAGGAAAUUGAGGUGGAAGAAUCGAAAUAAAAUUACAGUACUUCGCAAUGUCGCACAAACCAAUAUUCAAAAUUUAACAGUGAAUUUAUUUGUAUAAAUGCUCUAUGACUCUAGAUCCA